AUGGGCGGCAUGGAGACUGCGACCGCUCUGCAGCUGCUGCGCGCAAAGCAGAACGCGUACUACAUCCAGGCCGUGCAGGAUGCGCUGCAGGCGGAGGAGCAGCGGAAGCAGAAGCUGCGCAAGGCCACCAGCAAGCAGGCGGCCAAGCGGUUAGAGAAGCAGUUUGCCCGUGAGCGGAGCUCGGAUCGCGAUCGUUUGCGCCACAUCCAGGAGGACCACGCGCUGCUGCUGAACACCAAAAUUGCCGAGUGGAAGGCGACGGGCGGGGUGGUCAAAGUGGCGCCCGAAGCUGGCGACGCUCAGCAGAGGACGCACCGGCAGAAGGAGAAGACGCACAGAGCGACCUUCUCCCAGGACACCUUGGAUCGGCUUGCAGGGCCUCGCGCGCCAACGGCAAAAGCGGGAGAAGUUGAAGAUCGUCCUCCAACGUCCAAUUCCCGCGGCACCGUUGAGACAUCACAGGAGCUCGAGUUCUACAAGAACGUAUACCGGAAGCAAGACCGCGCUCGACUGUCUCGGAACUCACCGCCGCUACCAAUGCUCAGCGCUGCGAAUCUGCGUACGGUGCGUAGCUGUGGGCGAGACGGCCAGUCCAUUAACUCUUCCUUACUGACACACUAG